AGCACUGGUUCCUCCCCUUCCUCGGGUUUUAAGUGAACUUUGAUCCAACUUGUGUUCGCUACUAAUCAACAGUCAGAGAACUGAGAGAAGUGAAGAUAUAUACACAUGUAUACACAUCUAUCAUAUAUAUAACCAGUGUGACUGACGAGGGGACGCCAUGAAGAGACGAGUGGUUCAGCAGACUCCUUCAACUUCCGGAGUUGCAGCAGCUCAGAGAACUAAGCAGAGGAAGGAGGAGACACCGUCCCGAUGGUGGCUGAAAAGAAGCUUAUUGGCCUUCCUUGUCAUCUUCAUACUGGUGCCCGCCUUGCCUCGCCUCCCAGAUUUAAUUCAGCACUUUGUUUACACUCACAGAGUCAGGCUACCGUUCUUCCAUGACCUCCGCCAACCUGCAGAUCUCUCCCUUAAUCACACAAUCAACAUGUACUUAACAUCAGAGGAGGGAAUCUCCCUCGGCGUAUGGCACACUGUCCCUGAGAGUCGGUGGAAGGAGGCACGGGGGAAGGACUUGGCGUGGUACCAGAACACUUUAAGCGAUGGAAGGCCAGUUUUCAUAUAUCUUCAUGGGAACACGGGCGCAAGGGUAGCCCCUCAUCGGGUGGGAGUGGCAAAAAUAUUGAGUGCACUUGAUUUCCAUGUACUGGUGCCUGACUACAGAGGGUUUGGAGACUCCACUGGGGAGCCGACUGAGGCCGGACUGACCACUGACGCCCUCUACUUGUACAACUGGGUCAAAGCUCGCAGUGGAAACAGCCUGGUUGUCGUCUGGGGACACUCUCUUGGCACCGGUGUGGGCACCAACACUGCAGCAAAACUGAUUGAGCAAGGUACAGCUCUUGACGGUGUCAUCUUGGAGGGUGCAUUUAAUUCUAUUAGAGAGCCGCUUACAGAUCAUCCAUUUACUUGGUAUUACUGGAAAAUUCCAGGCGCUGGAUACUUUUUCCCGGAACCAUGGGCACAAAACAAGAUUGUUUUCCCUACUGAAGAAAAUUUGAAGAAAAUGAAAAGUCCAAUACUUUUCCUUCAUUCAGAGGACGAUCACCUAGUUCCCAUUCAGGUUGCUCAGCAGAUGUACGAGGUGGCAGUGAGUGCCCAGAAUGCAGAGCAAGUGAAGAUAGUCUCAUUCGAAGGUUCUCUGGGGUACCUUCACAACGGCUUGUACCGAGACCCUCGUCUGCCAGACAUCAUUAAGAACUUUGUGCUGUCGUUGUAAUGAGGGCAAGACGAUGGAAACCCCCCCAAAAAACACGCCACAUUCCAGAUGAUUUAAUUUCAAUAUUUUUAAUUUGUCUUUACUGCUGCAUAUGUAUACAUAUAAGAUCCACAAUGUUUGUGUUGAAUACAAAUAAAAUUGUUUAGCAGAUUCAAUUGCUGUAAAUUUAAUUUUAAAGUUGCAAUUGCUUAGGAAGCAUUCAAUUCUUAACUGCCGUUUUUUUUUAUUAUAUUAGUCAAUAAUAAAUCAGCCUGACCUAACAGAACUAUGAACAAUACUUUGAUUGUGAAUUAUUAAUAGGAUAAGAUAUUUCCUCAGCAAGGGCCCUCUGCUGGGUGUGUUUGUGUGGUGAUAACGUUAAUCCAUAACACUAGGUAAUCACUUUAUUAAUCCAAGGCUUCACAUGUCUAUGUUUAUCAGUAACAUUUCAGAAUAAAACAAGGAGAAAAAACGAAAAAACAUCUGACCCCUGACCUGGAUCAGCUAAACACAAUCUUAGUAUUCUGACUGCUGUCAUGGAUCUUGGUUUCAUACGUGGACUGUUGAGCCUUGGCGGAGGUUUAUGUUUCACUGAGUCCUAUUCUAGUUUCAUGUAUGUAUCUCAAUUUUUGUAAUUGUUAAAUAACAUUUUAAAGCUCAGGAAGAUGUUACCUGUGUGUUAGGUUGAGCAUUGUGUUAAAUAAAAAUCGCAGGCCAAAUGUUAUUAAA